GUACCUACGUUUGACAGAACGUUCUGUCGGUUCUGUCAUUAUGUGAUUUCAAAGUGAAGCUGAAGUAGUGAAGAAAUGUGCAAUGUAAUUACCUGCAACAAAGAAAUGCAAAUUAAUAACUGGCAGGGGUUGAUUUUGAAUUGAAUCCAGAUGGUACACCGAGAACUCCAGGAAGAUCUAUUGAACAUAAAAUUAGAGAAUUUGGAAUUAAAAAAUUACAAUUAAAAAAGGAUAGUGAGUUAAUUUAUUGCAUCACAAAUAAAAUUUUACUAAUUUUUUAUUAUUUAGAUGAGAAUAAAUCUAAAAAGAGUGAUAUUUUAUCAUUCAAAGAACCUGCAAUACCUCCCGUGAAGAAAACACAUUCCACUUCUAAAAAAACCAAAGAAAUUCCACCGAAACAAACCAGCACUACUCAAAAAAGAAAAUACCAAAGACAUUCAAAAGUAGAAAAAAUAGAACCACGUCCAAAACCAUCCAAACCUAUUUAUGGCGGGAAGAAAAUCAAAAUGACAGACCCCAGAAGUGAUACCACGAGUAAUUCAAGUACAUCUAUUGCAACCUGGCAUGAAUUAAUCGGUCCCUUUGAAGUACCAUCAAAAAUUAAACCCAGCUCAGCGAAGAAACCAAUACGUAAACCCAAUAUCGAUUCCCGCAUCAAAAUGCCUGCUCCUAUUUCUAUUCCUUCUUCUAUGAUUAAAACAGAGAGAGAGGUUAUAGAUGAAACUUGGAAACAAUAUUCUACCAUAACUUCCCAGCAAUUAAACGCGACAGCCAUGAUAACUUCGACACCGUCAUUCAAUUCAAAUUUCAAAAUUCCGAAAAAGUCUCAGAGAGGUGUUGUGAAUGAAUGGUAUGAUCCAAGUAAAAUUAUUAAGCAGGAAUAUCAACCGAUAGUGGUAGAACAAUAUCAAGUGCCUGCGUUGGACCCGUAUUUAUCUAUAAAAGUAGAGGUUGAUGAUACGGAACCGCCAGUAUUGAAUAUACCGUCACCGGAAGUUGAAAUAAAGGAGGAAAGUCCACAGGUGGAGGAGAUUAAAAAUGAAGGGGACAGUGAUGAUAAUUCAGAGGAUGAUUUUAUUGAAGUGCCUGAUAUAGAUCUUCGUAUGAAAAACAUUCAUAUUCCUAUUAACCUCUUUGAAGAUGCUGAACUUGACGCUCAAAUUUACAGCGCACGUCAAAAUCUACUACUACCAUCACUGCAACACCAGUAAAAUGAAACCGUAAAACCUAAUACUACAAGUACCAACACAUUCAGCAUGCAUAUUUGCAUUGAUGUCAAUGAAUGAUGCACAUCGCCUGAAUGGCGCACUCGGCGGAAAUGCAAUGGAAAUCUGAUUUUGUUUGUCCGCUGACAUUGACGAGCGGCGACAGUGUGGGUCUGUGGGUGGAGCGUGCUAAACUGGUGAAUGCGAAUUGAAGGCCCAAGGUGAAUCUGAUACUUUGCGCGGCGGGGGGUAAAUAGCAGGCAUCCAUUAAUUACAGCACGGCUAUUGAAGGUGCUUUUUGUGCACGCGGCGCUCUAAAUACGUCGAUGCGGAACAAUCAAUACAGAGAAGUCAAUAUGUAGGUGUAGGAUUAAUCAUUUUGAUUCGGAUCAGUUUUGAUAGUUUGUAAAUGUUUUAGCGGUGAAAUGACAGAGGAAAAUAUUUGUUUAAAUUAUUUUUGUUUUGGGUUUGUAUUUUGGAUGUUUGUCUCUGUAGAUUUUAGCUUUUGGAAUAUUCUAUAUACAAUUACAAAUUGUUAAACUAGUUUUGUGUUUGAUAAAGUUUUCAAAUUAA